GUAGGACGAGUCACGCUCCAGGUGAGCUGUCGGAGAAGCCGGACGUCUUGGCGGACGCGGUUUGGUUCGGCGUCGGUAUUGACAGGGACUCGGGCCUCGGACUGCUGAAGGAGGACCGCAUGGGGGCCUUUGUACUCCGGGCGGACGCGGGGGGCUCCGGAAGCUUCACCCUGUACAUGAGCACCCAGUGCGGGGUCAUUCCCUACAAGAUCUCCACCAAUCAGAAGGCCCGGUACUGCUUCGAGCACCUCCCACAGGAAUUCCCCAGCCUGGCGGCCCUGGUGGAGCACCACGCCGGAGUGGACGGCAACCUCUUCUUCCAGCUGGCUCAUGGCAGAGUGAACCCGUCCUAUGAGUCGGAGGACCCCCAGUCCAGCCCCCCAUCCCCCGGAGAGACGGCAGACAGCGAGCAGAGAGAGGUGCAGGAGGAGGAGUGCAGCCGGAGGCGGGAGCAAGAGCUGCCAACAGAUGUCCACACAACGCCGUCCACACACCUCACCAUCUGA